UUUUUUUUUUAUCUUUACUCUCCCUCCUUUUUCUGUUUCUUUUUUCUUAUCAUGGAUAAAUUAUUAUCACAAGCUCAAGUUAAGAUUCAUGUUGAAAGUGAAAGUCUUAUCAUGUACGGUUCUUCAACAGAGUCUGCUGGUUGCGUAUUGCGUGGUGUGAUGAGCUUGAGAUUACCAGAGACAACAAAGAUUAAAUCCAUCACUCUUGAAUUCUCUGGUAAAUCUACCAUUUCUUGGAUAGAAGAUACCAGCAAUAGUCCUGAUAGAUUAUUCCGUGAAGAAAAGUCAAUCAUGAAUCAUACAUGGACAUUUCUAGCUCGACAGACUAAAAUACACAGUGUUCCUGCUGGCAACUACAGCUAUGAGUUUGAAUUACCCUUACCUGGGGAUUUGCCGGAAUCAACAUAUGUUGCCAACUUUUAUACUAUACAAUAUCAACUCAGAGCCACUGUUGAACGUUCCACAUUUUUGCCUAACAUAUCAACACGCAAAUCCAUUCACAUAUCACGUCAACUCUUGCCACUGACCGACGAAUUUCUGGAGCCCAUUGCUAUAACAAAUCAAUGGGCUAAUAAACUCGACUAUGAAAUUUCAUUGCCCACAAAAAUCUACACUCAUAGUGACACUAUCUCUGUAUCUAUUCGCUUUAUACCACUCAUCAGCACACUCAAGGUUCGGCAUCUAACUUGCAUUUUUAAAGAAUACAUGGUUUGUAAAAACCAAACCCUGUUUCGAUCUCGUCCUCGGGCACAGGGUCGUAUACUUUUCUCGACGCGCGAUGAAAAGUUUGGAAGAGUAACACAUACGACUGGCGAAUGGACCAAGACACAGUUGAUUCCUUUACCUUCUUCACCUUAUGAACUACAAUGCGAUAUUCAGAACGAUGCUAUUCGUAUUCGACACAAAAUCAAGUUUAUUCUUUCGCUCAUCAACACGGAUGGACAUGUGAGUGAAUUAAGAGCAUCUUUGCCAGUAACGAUCUGUGCCGUCAAUCAGACAGGACUACCAGCUUAUGAAGAAACGUGGCGUAGUCUUCCUUAUGACCCAGCCUCUAUGAUCGCAUUACUCUAUCCCUCUUCAUCAAGUCGUAUUCCAGAAGAGCCUUCUCUACCAUCUUACAGUUCCAUUGCUCAAGAAGUAUCUCUAUAUUCUCCACCCAAUUAUGAUGAAUUGACUUGUGUACGCUAAUAUACCCUAAUCUAAUAAACAAAAUUUUAUAUGAUUAAAUCAUGUCGUGAACAAGGCAUGGUAAGACAUUGGAUUGAAUUAAAUCUAGAGCAAGUUGGCAAAUGAGUUACUUUAGGACUAAGAGAGUAUGAUAACAAAAAUGUUAAAU